UCAAGUCAACUACACUUUCUAUAUUUGACGUAUUUUGCCGCCUCGUAAACACAAUAUUUGCUCACCAAAUAUCUGUUGCAUCUUCCUUGCAUAAGUGAUAACGAUGCUGCAGAAUCGGAUUUUACAUUUAGGCCCUUGAAAAUUUCUAAUAAAUUAAUAUAUGGGCUUAUGCUGCAUUGCACGGCAAACAUCCAUUCAAAUAAUUUAUUCAAUUAUUAUUUUGACCUUUUUUCAAAAAAAAAAAAUGCUUUGUAGUAUCCUGCGAUCGUUUCUCUUGAUUAUAAAUAUAAUAUAAAAGUGAUUUUUUUCUUAUUUAUCUCGCAACUUUUCGCGAGAGGUCUCCACUAUGACUCCUGCGGACUCUUAACAUCAUUAAGCAAAACAGAUUUCAGUAAGAAUUUACACCUCCUCAAGAUUACGCUAUGGACACUUUUUCCACAAUUAUUUGGCUGCUUGUGUCAGCACUAUUUCAGUCGACGUUGCAACUGACAUUUCCACGCAAGUUCAUUGAGAGCCGGCAAGCGGCUGCUGUGUGUGAUUAUAACACAUCGCACUGUGCCAAGUAUAAAUACAACAUCAAAACCAUCGACGUACGCGUGGAUCACUUUAACUUUGCUAUAGAAGAUACCUUCAAAUUAAGAUAUCUUGUUAAUGAUACUUGGCGAAAAACAGAAAAUGCUCCCAUAUUCUUUUACACUGGGAAUGAAGGCAGAAUUGAAAUUUUUGCUGAAAAUACGGGCUUUUUAUGGGAAAGCGCUCCGCAAUUCGGCGCGCUGGUCGUUUUCGCCGAGCAUCGUUACUACGGCGAAUCGUUGCCCUACGGCAACAAAUCUUUCACUGAUUCGCGGCAUCUCGGAUAUUUAACAUCUCAACAAGCUCUGGCUGACUACGUGGAGCUUAUUCAGCACUUGAGAUCAAAGCCGGAAUAUAAUCGUAGCCCGGUAAUAGUUUUUGGCGGCUCUUACGGCGGUAUGCUUAGCGCUUGGAUGCGUAUGAAGUAUCCUCAUAUUGUUCAGGGCGCAAUUGCAGGCUCCGCUCCGAUUCUGCAGUUUACUGGCGUCGUGGCGUGCGAAGCGUUUGCUCGAAUAGUAACGUCAGACUUUCGCGCUUCGAGUCCAACUUGUGCCAAACUUAUUCGGCAAACGUGGAGCACGAUAACCGAAGUAACAUCGAACGACGAAGGUAAAAAGUGGUUGUCGAACAACUGGAAGUUGUGUGAGCCGCUGAAGACUGCAGAACAUGUACAGACCUUGAAAGAUUUCCUAAAGGAAGUCUAUACAGAUCUGGCUAUGGUCGAUUAUCCGUAUGAGAGUGAUUUUUUAAUGCCACUGCCGGGUAAUCCAAUUAACGUUUUCUGUCGACACUUGACAAACUCUUCGUUAACAGGAAAGCCGCUAUUAUCAGCGCUUCAUGGGGCUAUUAAUAUUUACACAAACUAUACUGGCAAAACAGCUUGCCUUUCUAUAAAGGACGCGGAACCGGCUUUAGGUGCAGAUUUAGGAUGGGACUAUCAAUCGUGUACGGAAAUGGUGAUGCCGAUGUGUUACGACGGUGUCAACGACAUGUUCGAGCCGUUAAAAUGGAACUUCAAGGAUUACAAUGAUACAUGUUUCAAGAAAUAUUCAGUGUCUCCGCAGCCUUAUCGAGUUUGUCAGCAAUAUGGUUGCAAAAAUCUUUCUACCGUGACCAAUAUCAAUUUCAGCAAUGGAUUACUGGAUCCAUGGGCGAGCGGAGGCGUACUGCGCAACUUGUCUUCGUCAGCGGUAGCUAUAUUAAUUCCCGAUGCUGCGCAUCAUCUUGAUUUACGAGAAAGCAACAGCAAUGAUCCGUACAGCGUUAUCCUCACGCGCAAGUUCCAUCGAUAUUCUAUCAAGAAGUGGAUUGAAGAAUACCGCUAGAAUAAUUAUCAUCGCAGGCCCGUCUGUUGUCUCUUGAAAUUCUUCUUUAUUUUGCAAAAAUUAUAAAUACAAGAACAAGACGCGUACGCCGCGACAACAAUAAAUACUUAGCACUGCUGUGAACCGCUUACAAAAUUAAAUAAAGCGUCGACAAAGCUCAAUUGAAAAAAUACGUGAAAAUAUUUCGAUAUCACAGUAAAUAAAUACGCGUGCUUCAUCAGGCGUUAUAAAAGAUUCGACAGAAUAUAAAAUGCUCUUGAGCAACAUGACAAUCUAAAAACACGUUUCAAAUGUAUCGAAAAGGUUCGAUCGUCCUUCAGACAUUUAUGUUGUUUGGAUUUCCUGUCACUAGAGCAUAUAAAAAUUGUCGUUUCUUCAAAUAAGGACUCGUAAAACACCAUUAUUGAAUUACUUAAUACUAAUGCUUGACACUAAUUGUAAGCAUGCGCUGUACCAUUUUCCCUAAUUUAUUUUUUAUUAUAUUUAAUUUUAUGCGACGAAGAAAUCAUGAAGGAUAUGAGCGAAUAAAGAUACCAAAGAUAUACGAAUUUCUAACAAAGGAACAAAGGCGCCGAUUUGCUUCUCUAUGAGAUAUGUUGUUAAAUACAAAAAAUUAAGUGACACCUAUUUUUUUAUACGUGUUGAAUCGAAGUUUUAGGGGUUUUGAAACAAUCUCUCCAAGUUAUUCGACGGAUAUAGCUUUAAGUAAAUAUCGUCUAAAUUAUGACAUAUAAAAAAUGUUUUAAAAUAAAAGUUUAACGAUAAUUGGUGCAUUUUAUAAUUGUCCAUUCAACAAAAAUUUCUUUUCUUUUUUGCAAAAUACCUUCAUUUUUUAUUAUUUCUCCUUUAUCAUCAGAUUCUAAUUGUUAUUUUUAUUUGCUGCUCAAAUAUUUGAGCAAAUAUGCCAAAUUGCGACUCAUCUACUAUCGCAUAACAUUGCAAUCACAAUGUGGACUACAACUAACAAAAUAGGUUUCCUACUAUUACGCGCUAAAGAUAAAUAUAAUGAGAUCACACAAUCAUAUUAAUUUAUAUAUUUAAAUGAAAUCAAACACAAUACAACUAAAAGAAAGCGUAAAUUUAUAAUAUAAUCAGAGAGAAAGUGACUAGUAAAUUAUAAAUAUUACAACAAACUUCAAACUAUAAUAAGUUAUUAUAACAAAUACUGCUUUUAGUUAAUCAUUGUUUAAUAAAUGACAAAUUAACAAAAAACCAAAAUCCGAACAAAUUCUGUAAUAUAUAACAUAAUAUGUAAUAUAUAAUUCAUGAUAAAAUAUGAUAUAGAAUAAUGAUAUAUGAUAUAGAUAAAAUCUGAAUGCAGUUAUAAAGUGCAUUAAUUAUUACAAAAUUUUUAUUUGAAACGUUUUUUAUAUAUAUAAUUUAGAUAUUUACUUAAAAUCACAUCUACCGGAUAACUUUGAGAAGAACUUGUUUCACUCCUAUAAAACUUCAAUUAAUGUGUAAAAAUAUAUGCCACUCUUAAGUUUUUGUAUUUAACAAUAUAUUUCAUGGAGAAGCCAAUAAGUGUCGAACAGCUCCCUUAUAAGUAUAGUGAAAUCUUUUCUUAAGAAUAUUGCAUCUUUAACUGAAUUUAUAAAUAUGUUAAUUUGUCAUGAUGUGACAUAUAUUGAUUCUUUCGAACUCUCGAAUUCGUUUCUUUCCACAGGUACAAUAUAGUUUUCAUUUUCCUAACGGGCUUACAUACAGUUUUCCACGUCAAUAGCGGUUUCCUGCGCAUAUUGUUAACAUGAAAAUGUGUAUCUCUAAUAAUGUAAACACACAAUUUAAAUUUGUGUUGAGGUGCUAAUAGUUUAUAUUAUAAAUUAAGGAAAAGGAUUUGUUACUGUAGAUAAAAUACUUGUGUACCUCUUAUAACGUGUUCUAAAUACGAAAAAGGAAUGCGUUUAAAUAGUUUUAGGUACGUCUACUAUCUACAUCUCGUAACGAAUAUUUAAAUCAGUGUAUCGACACUAUCAGCUUCUACUGACUGAAUCAAUGUUAAAUUGCAAUUAAUCGAAUACGCGAUGUAUGGUCACGCGUAUUCGAUAUUUAUCUGUAUAAAAAAAUUUCAAGAUCUUAAAAAUAGAUGUAUCGCGAAUUAUGUUGACGGAAACAUUGAAA